AUGUGCGCCCAGUUGAGCCAGCCGGGACAGGCCCGCAAGCGACGAAGGCAGGCAGUUGUGUGUACCGAGUGUCGGCGCCGGAAGAUUGCCUGUGACCGAAAUUCCCCUUGUGCUCAGUGCAUUCAGUCAAGUUCCGUUUGCACAUAUUAUAACUCAUGCAACUCAUUCGCGCUUAAAAAUGACUUCACCGGCAGCCAGGAUGGCAGCAUGAAUAGCCACAACCUGAGUUCCUUCGGGGGAACUCAAGGAACUUACGCAUUUGAAUCGAGACCACAGAUUUCAUUGCCAUGGAGCUACCAGAACAGCCUCCACGGAGCCGCGGAGACCGGUAUACCGUCAACUGCCGGCGCAUUGGCAGACUUGGGAGUAGCACAUUCAUUUGAUACAAGACAACUCGGAUCUCUCUCGCUUCCACUCAACAUGCCCCUCGCAACGGCAAAUAUUUCACCAUCCGAUAUGUCCCCUACAGGAAUCCUGGCGCUUGAUCCUGCGACAGGUAUCACAGACCAAACUUCAGUGAACGUGACACAGCAGGCGAACAAUUCUUUGGAAGAGUCAAGCCACGUGUACGACAACCACGGCCUCUUCGAUCACAUUAAUAAUACUGUCUUCCAGCGGGCUGGCCAUGCCGGCUUACAGAAGUGCAAACGGCUGGCUCAAAAUCUCAAAGCACUCAGAAAUAAUGAUCCGCAACAUCUAUUACAGUCACUCCACGAAUUUAUGCCGCCUAGGGAAAUAUCAGAUAGGCUGGUGUCUCUUUACCUUCGAACAUCCGAGUCCGUAUUCCGCAUUUUACAUAUACCAACUUUCCAGCAUGAAUACGCAGAGUACUGGAACAGCCCUGGGGAAGCAAGCGAGCUAUUCCUUCUCCAAAUUCUACUGGUUAUGGCUAUUGGCACAUGUUUCUAUCAGGAUUCUUCAUCGAUCGACCGUAAUGAUGCCUUCCCGAAUUUGCAUUAUCAAUCAACCCAGUGGAUCCAUGCUGCCCAGGUAAAACUCACGGCUCCUUAUAACAAAAGACAUCUCAGUUUGCAGGGUGUCCAAGCGCAAUGUCUGUUGGCUCUGGCUUUAAUGACCAACACCAAUGCUGUUGGGGGGGGAUCUCUCCUGGUUGACAAUCACAUCUCUCGCAUGGCAAUAGGCCUUCAUGUCGCCCCCAGUCAACUCUCCAUUCCUCCUUUCGAGGCCGAAGUCAGGCGGCGACUUUGGGUAACCAUACUUGAGCUCGCUGUGCAAGCUGCUCUUGAUUCAGGGCUUGCGCCUCUCAUCACUCUCGAAACCCUUGAAUCAUGCGAGCGACCUUCCAAUCUUGACGACUCACAAUUUGGAGAGUCCACCAAUUCUCUUCCAAACCCACAACCUGCUAUGACAUUUACCCAGAGCUCUAUACAAUCCGCUCUUUUAAGAUCGCUACCGAUUCGUCUGAAAAUUGCCGAGGCCCUUGGCCGUUUCCAAUCUGGGCUUCCAUAUGACGCGGCUCGGAGCAUGGGAUCAGAUCUCACGGCAACCCUGCGCGAUACAUCAGGACUUCUUGAUUCAUCCCACCCUUCACCAUCGGCCUUCCAAGUUCAGCUUCAAGACUUUCUGCAGCGACGAUUUCUUCUCAUACUACACGCUCAGUUUGCUCAUAAAGCUUCGGAUGAUUUCAAAUACCAUUUCUCGCGAACCGUGGCAUUGGAAUGUGCUCUCCUCCUUUUACCAUCUUGGAGAACCAGUACCGAAAAUGAAAUACGCGAAAGCAAUAAUAUGGCUAAUUCAUUUUCUUCGCUUGAUGACUUCACUCUUCUCAGGAUAUAUGGAGAUGGAUUGUUCAAAAAUGUCUUUCUGGCAGCGACCGUCACACUAUGUGCCGAGUUUCUGUUACAGCUUCGAGAAGAUUCCUCGCCAGCUGCAUCAUCGCUUGCAAGACAGGAAAUGCUUCGUGCAAUCAAAGAUUCUGCUGAGCUUACGCGUCACAGAAUACUCAUGGGGGAAACCAGUGUCAAAGCACAUGUUUUCCUCGCCUGUGUCCUGGCUACCAUCGGGGCGUCAAGGCACCGAUCAACUCUCCACAAUAAAGAACAUUCUGAACAAAUUGCAGCCGAUGCAGGUCAGCGCGCACUUCAUGGAUGCUAUGGCGUGCUGAAAUCUAGACUGCAUCGCAUGACGGCAUUGAAAGAUUUGGGUUCCGAUUUCGAAAUCCCUCCGAGACCUAUUGUCAGCUUCCCCGAUGUUCCGGAAAGAAAUAAUUCAAGAGACGAUAGCCUCGGUGUUCUCAAAUCAGUGCCCAGGCUCGAUCGUCUAAGUGAUACAAGCCCAGACGGCUCGGAUGCUUGGUCGAUUUCGGCUUGGGAAAAUGAUAUCAUCCUGGAAUGA